AUGUCCUCUGCUGCGACGUCUCCGCCAGAUUACAGCCUGGUUCAUCCUGUCCCCGGGCUAGGAAAGGCCUUGGCUUACGAACCCAGGAAGGGGGAAGACCCAUUGUAUAUUGGGACUCUCUUUCCAUCUGCCCUUUCGUCUGGGGAUCUCAACCAAGAAGGCCGUGCAAUACUCCCGCUGACGACGCUCCGCGAAUUCAGCAUGUUGCAAUUCAUGAGCGCAAUUACCGAUAAGGAAAAUUGGCAUGUCAAGAUCCUCGAUGACGAGAUUGCGAACAAGUGGAAGACCGAGGGCAUUGAAGCUGCUAGAGCUGCCCUUCUCAAGCAGUGGGCGAAGGAGGAUAGCAGAUCUUCCUAUGCGAGAGGUCACGCACAGGACCUCGAGGCCAGUGAUGGGAACGGAGAAGAUGAUUCAGUUGGUCAGGACAGGGAAUCUGGGGAUGAAGGCGACGAUACCAACGAGGAAGAAGAGGACGACGACAUCGACCAGGACCUUGAAAACGCCAUCACCACCGCCCUCGAGCGAUGGCCCAUCUAUACCGCCCGACGAGACGAAUCUGCCUUGACCGAAACUAUGGCCGAUUUUUGCAUUGCCGAACUACGUCACAAGGCUCGUUCAUUCCAGAACUCGCCUAACGGAGCCAUCGUUGUCUACAACGGCAAUGUGGUCAAGUCGGAUACUGCGGUGUCACCCGAAACCAAGACUGCACUCCAAAAGGCGGUUGAACCACUCGAGAACGUGCCCGAUCAGCAGAAGGAUUGGCAUCCAGGUUCUGACGAGCAGGUUCUGGACCUCGUUCACCCUAGCCUGUUUCCGCUGGUGUACAAAAAGACCAAGGUCCUCCCCGUGGGUGCCAAGGUCACGAGUCUUGAAGACUGCAUCAAGCGAUGCGGUGAAGGUGCUCCAGUCUCAGUCGUAGACGAAGCGCCUGAACCCUGGGUCAGACGGAGCGGCGCUUCGGGGGCGACCACCCCCUGGAGCGACAAGUUCCAGUGGCUGCCUUGUGAAGUAGACGUGUCGGCUGAUAGGGCAAACAUUCUUUCGUACAUCAACAACUUGCAUCCUGAGAAGCACCGGGAUCUUUACCGUGUCAUCGAGGACGUUAUCACAGCCGCCAUUCCCCUCUGGGAUCUCACCCUCGCGCCGCUCGCAGACCCCGACUUCAAGUACCACCAACGGAUCACGUACGAUUGCGUCCACUACGACCCUGACGCAGAAGAGAUUCUUUUGGAGGACGGGGGUCCUAAAGAGGGGGAUGAUUUGAACGAGAAUUUCGACUAUUGGGAUCUUAGGCAAGAGUGGGAAAAUCGGAAUAAGAGGAUUGUUCUUCCUGACGUUGAUAAGCCUUUCGACCCAAAAGACUUUGGACAGCCUGCGCCGUUUUCGCUCAAGGGUCUUAUGAAGGACGGUCGGCCCCUUCAGGUUAUCGUCAAACUCGCCAAUAUUGUUCUUACGCCGGAGAAGCCGAGUUAUGGUGGCGGGACUUGGCACGUUGAAGGGAAAUUGAACGAGCAUAUUGUCGCCACCGCCAUCUACUACUAUUCAUCCUCCAACAUCACAACUUCAUCCCUUUCAUUCCGCCAGCUAUCCGACACCGAGGCUGCCAGCCAGGUGUGCUACCCUCAAAAUAACCACGAAUGGUUGACGGAUAUCUUCGGAGUGUACCACGAUGAGGGGUCGGUACAGCGCGUAGGGGGUGUAGUGACGUCCGAAGGACGUCUUCUCACUUUCCCUAACAUCCUCCAACACAAAGUCGAGCCGUUUUCGUUGGCUGACAGGACAAAACCCGGUCACCGCAAGAUCCUCGCGCUUUUCCUGGUCGAUCCGCAUAUCCGGGUGAUCAGUACAGCGCAUGUGCCUGCCCAACGGAUUGACUGGUGGCGGGCAGAGCUGGAGAAGGACCAGGCCCCUUCCCCGAAGAGUGGAAAGGGGUUGCAGAAGUUGCCGGUAGAGUUGCGGGAUUAUGUGUAUAAAGAGGUGGAUGGGUUCCCUAUGGGCCUUGCGGAGGCCAAGGCGUUGAGGGAGGAGCUGAUGGAGGAGAGGAAGAAGUUUGUGAUAGAUAAUGGGGAGCUGUUCGAGAAUGCGGUUGCCUUCUCGCUUUGUGAACAUUAG